UGUUUCUCACGAAACAUGGCUGGAUAUUAUUCCGCUGCUGAUGUAGUGAAGAUUUAGUGUUGAAAAAGAAACAACGGACGAGAAGAAAUAAUAGACGUUGAAUCGUCUAUCGUUUUAAACCCCAAAUCCAGACACGUGGCUGCGUAUCUGCGCAUCGUUAACAGGGCGAAGAAAUGUCCUCGAUCCACUUUGUCGUCCACCCUUUACCGGGAACGGACGACCAGCUGAACGACAGGUUAAAAGAAGUCGCUGAGAAGAUAAACAGAUAUGGAUUUAUGACACCACCAGCACUUAGCGGACUGAAGGGAUCGGUUAAGCGCAUAGUUGUCGGUCCAACUCACAUUGCCCUGUUGAUGGAAGACAAUAGAAUUUGCCGUGUAGCAUUCACUGUUUUGUCAGACAGGCUAGAUUUGAGCAAAAAUGAACCCAACAGAAACACAAACAAAAGCCAUGUAGGAAACUCAGGCUCAGCACCAAGCGGAAGUGGAGGUGGAGGUAGCGGCGGAAGAGCAGGAUUGCCUCGCUCUAGGGCAAGAAUAAUGCGCAACAGUUCGGCAAUAAGAGGCGGAGGUGGCAGUGGUGGAGGAGGAGGGGCCGGACGCAGUGGACCGCCAGGUGUUAUAAUGGGCGGUGCAAGCGGCAGCAGUUCAAGACCGAUUGUCUCGGUGCCGGCACCCUUUGUUCCGGAGGAUUUGAUCUCCCAGGCGCAAGUGGUCUUGCAGGGAAAAAGCAGAAACCUAAUUAUCAGGGAGCUACAGGUGGGUGACGAGCGUACAAAUCUUGACGUCAAUCUCGCCGUCAACAAUCUUCUAUCUCGGGAUGACGAGGAGGGCGAUGACGCCGAAGAUGCAGCCGACAGCUAUGUUCCUGAGGAUCUGAUCUCCCUGCUCGACGGCGGUUUCAGCAACGAGCAUUCCGUCAUUAUAGAUGCAGACUCCAUGUUCUCAGAGGACAUGUUCGGCUACACGGGAAUCCGGAGUCGUGGUAGCUCUUCACGCAGACUUGGCAGCGACAGGGACGGCGAACGAUCAGCAGAUCGGGACAGGGAUCGAGAUAGUUUCAGUCGGUGGAGAGAUCGCCAGUAUUACGGCCCUCGCCGGUGGCUGGAAACAGCCCUCAAAGAUUCGUGGGAAAAGGAUCCAGAUAACAAGAAAAAGGAACUCGCCUCGCAGUGUCCGUUAUGGAUGUCCGAGGAGCUUGAAUGGUGGCACGAGCGUUGCGGUGAACCGGCGCCUCGCUUUGUCCAAAUUGCCGCUCUCUACAGUGAGCUAAUUGCAGUUUCGUCUACCGGGCAGCUCUAUCAGUGGCGAUGGGCAGACCCUGAGCCUUAUAAACAUCCAGAAAACCCAAACGUUCAUCACCCAAAGAGUAUUCCGCUUGGUUUGUUUGGAGAGAAGAUCGUCAACAUUUCUGCCACAGCUAUUCGGUGUUCCGUCAGCACAGAGAGUGGUAAGGUCGCCACGUGGUUGGACGACCUUUUAGGACACGUCGCCUCGCGACUCGAACAUCCCGCUCAGGCAUUCACCGAAUUCACGCUCGACAGAAUUGUCUCCCUGCACACGUGCGCUCUCUACACAGUUGCCAGACUCGAAAGCGGCGGUCUUUACUGGUGGGGUGUCCUGCCAUUCGCCCAGCGAAAAAAGCUGUGGGAGAAAUACAAGGCGAAAUCUAGGAAGCACAGACCUUCGACGGUUUUGUCGACAGACAUAAGUUACGGUACACACGUGUGCAUGAAAAACAGCCCAAUUUAUCAACCAGGAGCAAUAGGAUUCACGAUCGCAAACGGAGUGCCAAAAGUUGGACAACUCUUAUCGGCAGCUUGGAACUUGGACGCGACUUGUAGAUUCAAGAUCCUUCCGGCCGGAGUUUUGAUACCUGCCAAUCCGACUGAGAAACGGGAAGUUAUUCCAACCGCAGGCGCCGCCAGCGGACCCAGCAAAACUAAUCACAAGGAAACAGCCGAUCGUCUUGACAUGCCGCCGCCACCUUCUCCUGCCUCGAGCACGUGCAGCGACACAGGCAGCAUCACAACCAGUCACAAACGACAAAAAAGAAUGGUGCCCCGAGGAGAGGGAGAGCCGGAGAAAAAAGACGAAGAGGACUGGCAGCUGAAAGAUGUCGUUUUCGUCGAAGAUGUUAAAACUGUACCGAUUGGUAAAGUUAUAAAAGUCGACGGAUGCUACGUAGCGGUAAAAUUCUUCUCAAAGGAUUCUAAGGAGAAGGAAAAGGAGACGAAAGAGAAGGACUUCAGCACUUCAGAUUUCAAGGAUCUGACCGCCGAAGAACUUAUCAAACUACUCGCUGACUGCCGACUCCUCCGAAAAGACGAACUACAGGUCAUAAAAUCACCAUUAAGUUCCCGUGCACCCGACUGUUUCCAAAGAACUCCAAGGCGAGUGAAUCUUGUUGAAACGUCGAACGAGAAUUUAUUGACUAUUUCCACCGAUGGUCAAGGCAUACACGCGAUACUGAAGAACGGAACCAAGCUCACUUACGUUGUCUACAAUCUUAGCACAGGACGAUACGUUCAAGACUGUUACAUACCGUCCGAUAUUUCCUCAUUUCUCGGACUACAGCCACAAAGUAUCAGUCUCACCAGCGCUGGCGAGAACACCGAAUGUUCGAUGAUCCUGCGGGACGGAAACAACACGAUUUAUCCGAUAGCAAAGGACUGCGCUGAGGCGAUAAGAGACCCAAACUGGUUAGACCUCGUUCCGGUGCAUUGUAUAGGUGCGUCAACCAUUCCAAUACCCAGCUGCACAAAUUCCUCGAAUUUAAAAAACCAGGUAGCGGUAAUAGCCCUGGUCUUUGACAAUCUUCUACUUCUACCGAGGAUACUAAGAUGCGAUUUUGACGGUGUUAAGCAAAUUUUUGCGAACCUCGAACUAGACCAAAAGACAAUCUCGUCACAGAUUCAGACAAUCUUAACAGAACGAUGCGACGGCAAUCGAAACAUUUUCCACGCCUGCGUGAAUAUGUGCUCACCGACGUCGAACAAGGAGAAUGAGCAAGGCAUUGAACGCGAACUAGUCGUGAACACGGUCGACGGCAACACCGCGCCCAUCGAAGAACCCAUUCCAACUCUCAGCUGGCCACCCGAAGCCUUUGACAACACCUCCGGGGAGGAAGACAGCCUACUCAGUAUCGGCGCAGCCAGUAUCUCCAUGAUGAACAAAUCCGGUGCCAGUUCGACAACGAACAAUACUUAUGUCAUCGAUUCAGUCGAACGGCGCAAUAACGCUCUACUGAUACUCAAGUACCUCUGCGAAAGUCCGGUCCUCGCACCGCACUUAAAGGAACUACUCGUCGCCAGAGACGCACAAGGUCAGACGCCGCUAAUGCUCGCUGUGUCUGUGCGCGCCUAUCAUGCAGCCCUAAUUCUGCUCGACACGAUACAGCGCGUCGGUCGCGAUGGCAAAGACUGUUCAGCGAUGAUCCUGCAGCCAGACGCAAGCCCCGAUUUAUCACCGCUGUUCGUUACCUGCUGCAACGACACUUGCAGCUUCACUUGGACUGGAGCCGAGCACAUUAAUCAGGACAUAUUCGAGUGCCGAACGUGUGGCUUGACCGGUUCUCUCUGCUGCUGUACGGAGUGCGCACGAGUUUGCCACAGAGGCCACGACUGCAAAUUGAAAAAAACAUCACCAACGGCUUACUGCGACUGCUGGGAGAAAUGCAAGUGUCGCGCCCUUAUUGCUGGACACCAGGGUGCACGAUACGACCUUCUUUGUCGCCUGGUGAUGAACACUGACCUAGCCACCAAGAUAAACUCACGAGGUGAAAGUAUACUGUUAUUCCUUGUACAAACAGUGGGAAGGCAGUCGGUUGAACAGCGCCAGUACAGAUCGGCGCCGAGGCAAAGAUCGGCUUCGGCUAGUCGCAAGACACCAUCGUCAGAUGAGUAUACGUUCCACACAGUGUUCCUCUCAGGUUUGGGUGCUGAUGCAGACAUGCCAGAUCACGAUUUGGAGCCCCCGAGAUUCAGCCGCCGAGCCUUGGAGCGGCUGCUCAAUGAUUGGCCGGCCAUUCAGUGCAUGAUCAUGUCCGGCGUUACUGAAAGUCCCACGAACGAUCAGCUCUUUGGCGAUCAGGGACAGGCUUGCAGACAGAGUGGUACCGCUCUCCUCGACAAGUUCACCCAUUCUCUUCUGGUGAAGUGCAGCGCAGAGAUGCUGGACACCCUUCUGUCGACGUUGGUCAGGGAAUUGCAGAAAGACAAUGUGCCAGGUCGUCAAGAAGAGGCAAACAACGUUGCCAGACGAUUCGUUAGAUCCGUUGCAAGGAUAUUCGUUAUUUUCACCAUAGAAAUGGCGCCAAAUACUACUAAGCGAAGAAGUGCGAGUCAGGCUUCUCAACCACUGAUGAAGUGCCGACGCGUUUUUCAAGCACUCAUCAAAUUGGCCGUUGAGGAACUCUGUGAAACCGCCGAUUCCCUCAUCGCUCCAGUUAGACUGGGAGUUGCGCGUCCAACUGCACCUUUCACCCUGACCAGCUCAGCGAUUGAGGUUAUCAAUGGAUCAGAGGAGCUUUUUUCCAUCGAGCCAUUGAUUCCACGCAGCGGAGUCAGUGCCCAGGUUCUUGACAGCGCUCUUCAAGCGCAGCAAGUCAACAACAACAUCGCAAUAGCCAGAGAGGUUUCUGCCAUGGACGAAACUGAGGGUGGAGAAGAAGUACCCAUGGACAUUGACGGCGACAUCAGCGAACACGAGGAAUCUGGCGUUUCCGGAGCAAAUGUCAGUCAGCCGCUGGGCGAAGUCGACAACAACGUCGGCGGAGUGGGUGAGGAGCAGGCAGGGGACGGAGAGUCGGACACGGAGUUAGACCUCCUUGCUGAGGCGGAAACCGAGUCCGACUCAGACGACAAUCACAGCAACCAAGAUGCGGCUUCCGCUCAGCGCAGUGUGCAGACUGGUGCCACUGCUGGAUCAGAUGGCGGUAUGGGAUCUAUUCUUUUGUUCCCCGAGGACGAGUCUGGGGAGUCUAGUCAACAGGAAGAUGACGAGAGCGAGGCUGGUGAGACUGAUGAACAGGACAACGAAGAGUUUCAGAUCGGUGACGAACAGCUUGAACGCAGAAGAUAUGCGAUUGUUCGUUUCAGCGGGUCGUCUGGUCACGCGCACAGAAACAAUUUGGCGCCGGUCUCAAUGCAGUGGGCGAUCCGCAACCGAGAGUCGAGCACCCGAACGGCGGGUCUCAGGGUGACCGGCGGAAGUAACCUCGUAUUCAUAGACCCCUCGUCUCUCAGACGAUCGACGGCAACGUCCGCAGUGACAGCGGCGCAGGAACCUAUAACUAUGGGAACAACCGCCAGCUGCCUAGCGCGAGCAUUUGGAAUCGUUAUCAGGCAGAUUGCUGACCUGCUCACCAUGUUGCAGGACUACAAAACACACGCGCCUGCCCUUCCCAGGCUCAUGGAAAUCUCCUAUCAGGACGCCAUCGGCCUUCAGCUUUAUCUUGAGGGCCAUUUGAAACCGACUUGGGAUUGGCUCAUGACGGUGAUGGACGCCACGGAGGCGCAGCUGCGAUUUGGUGUCUCAUUGACGCGCAGUGCUGACCCUGCGCACCCCGAACAUCCUCUAAACGUCGCGCCUUCCUUAGCAGGCGGAAAUUUUACAGGGCUACUGAACUCAGCCGCACUUUCUCUCACACUGCAAAGCAACACGUCGAGGAAUCAACGCAGUGGCAUUACAACCACUUCCAAUAAUUCAGCGGGUCAUGCCUCGACUAGAAUAAACGUUGGAUUCACCGGAGUCGGCGAACCGCCGAGAAGCAAUCGGGAUCGAGAAGGAGGCGACGCGCACUCGGCCAGACGAGAAUUCCUUUCCUAUUGUCUGUCCCUGAUGCGAGCUCACAAUGGCGAGCACAGAGAUAGUCUUCCGGUGCUUGAUGUCUCUGCCCUACGCCACGUUGCCUAUGUAUUCGACGCCCUCGUCUACUACAUGAGGUCAGGAUCUGAGUCUCCGUCUACCAGAGGCGAUAGCCAUAAGGAGUCUAUCGCCUUUGCCACCUGGACCGAACAGGAUGAAAACGACAACGAGGAGGCGGAGGACGGAAAUUCGACAGCAUCGACAGUGAUGGAAACGGACUCCGUUGACUAUCCAGACCUACUCCAGGUUCCGAUGUGCGUAACAUCGAACAGCGCAAAUUCGAUAGCCAAAGGUCGAAAGCAUCCGUUCCUUCAGCGAUCGGAUUCGACUCUCUGCUUGGGCUGCCCGCCGCUUGACCCGUUUGAUACAAUAAUGAGCGAGGCCCUACCGCUCGCUGAUCAACCACAUCUCCUCCAGCCGCACUCUAGGCGCGAGGAUCUCUUUGGUGUUCCAAGACAGCCGGUCAACUCUGGCAGUUCUGCCAGCCAGAAUCCCCUAGAGGGCCUUCCGACUAGGCUCGGACUCUCGGGCAGAUUUGCAGACAACUCGCUAUUAGCCGCCACUUCAUCUUACAACCAGAUUAUUCAGGUCCCAAUCCAUGUGACUUCUAGCAGCUCCAAUGCCCAGAGUGCCAGCGCUGGUGAUGCGGAGAACAGGUGGAACUUAAUUGCCGGCAGUGAACAACCCGGAACCAGCAAGUUAACGGAAAAACCGAAGGGCUUUAAUCAGUCCGCGGAAAGUCAGCCGUCGUCUGUAGUGACGGAGCAGAUCGAUCGUGCACCAAUAAUCGUUUCUCCUAGUGGUCAGGGAAUGGAGAACGUCGUACCCGGCAACAACAGCAGCAAGGGGAAGGAUGAGUUGUGCAAGAGUGGACGAAGCGUGAUAGUGAGAGCGGGAACGGUGUCGGAACCCAAUGUAAAUAAAGUUGGCGCUCCGGAAGUUUUGGUUGUGCCGACAGCCGAGACGCAGACAGUUUCCGAGGAGGUCGACCCUGCUGCAUCUAACCAGGAGAUAUCGGCCCACGAGACCGUUGAGACGAGUCCUGUCGAAUCUUCCAGAGCCUUGACGACCAUUGGCACAAACAUAUCGCACAACAUUCUGCUGGGAAGAUGGAGGCUGUCGCUCGAUCUAUUCGGUCGCGUUUUCAUGGAGGACGUCGGCUUGGAGGCCGGUUCAGUCGUUUCCGAACUUGGAGGCUUUCCUGUCAAGGAGGCCAAGUUUCGCAGAGACAUGGAAAAGCUUCGUAAUUCGCAACAGAAAGACAUCACACUAUCCAAAGUCGAACGAGAUCGCACUCAGCUUCUGAUCCAGACCAUGAAGGAGCUCAAUACGCAGUACAAUUUGUUCAAUAGGCGAGCCUCGAACACGCCACCAUUGGCUGUCAACAGGGUGAAAGUCACAUUCAAAGACGAGCCCGGCGAGGGAUCUGGAGUCGCUAGGAGCUUCUACACGGCUAUAGCCGAGGCUCUACUGGCUAACGAAAAACUGCCAAAUUUGGAGGCUGCACAAGUCGGAUCAAAAUACACACAGUACAACGUUUUGCAGAAACUGAAGAGUAGAGACAGAGAUCGAGAUUUGAGGCGCCAGAAUCCAAGGUCGUCAGGUAAGUGCCGAGAAGCCAGGAGAGCACUGUCUUUUGAGGCUCGAUCAUUCCAUCCGACGGCGUCGACAGAGGGCCCCAGUGGUUCGAACUCUAGCGGUUCAUCUUCUAACGCUCACCCGUUGCCGGUCAGUCAUCCAAGCAACGAUCACUUGACGAUGCAUCAACAGCAGUUGGGUGACAGGCUAUAUCAAAAAGUACACACGCUGCGCCCGACGUUGGCUGAGAAGAUAACUGGAAUGCUGCUGGAAUUGUCGCCUGCACAGCUGCUGAUGCUUCUGGCAUCAGAGGAUGCGCUUCGCCAGAAGGUUGAGGAGGCUUUUGAGCUGAUUCACAGCCACAACCAGGAUUUGGCCAGCGAGGCUCUCCUCGACCUCGACGUCUUCAGUCUGACGGAGAGGUGUGGUGGUAAUAAAAAAAAAUUAGAGGCCAGCAUACUCGAUGAUAUCGAGGACAAUGCACCGCUAUUUUAUUCACCGGGUAAACGCGGAUUCUACACACCUAGGCAGGGAAGAGCUAGCUAUGAAAGGCUGAACGCCUUCAGGAAUGUCGGAAGAUUAAUAGGCCUUUGCCUUCUCCAAAACGAAUUGUGCCCGAUAUUUCUCAAUCGUCAUGUAAUCAAGUACAUUCUUGCGCGACCGAUAAGAUUCCACGAUCUCGCGUUUUUCGACUCUGUGAUAUAUGAGAGCCUGCGACAGCUGGUUGUCGACGCCGAGACAAAAGACAGCAACAGUUUGUUCUCUGAGCUUGACUUGACGUUUAGCAUCGACUUGUGUCCCGAGGAAGGAGUCGGCUCUCUGGAACUUAUACCGAAUGGCAGGGAGAUCGAAGUGUCGGCCAGUAACAUUUACGACUACGUUCGCAAGUACGCCGAGGUUCGGAUGGUCAAGGUGCAGGAGAAGGCAUUAGAGGCAAUGCGCGAGGGCGUUUUUGACGUUCUUCCAGAAGGUGCUCUUGACGGAUUAACGUCCGAGGAUCUCAGGCUUCUGCUCAAUGGCGUCGGUGACAUAAACGUGUCUGUUCUCAUAUCCUACACAUCAUUCAACGACGAGUCGGGAGAGUCGACCGAGAGGCUCGUCAAGUUCAAACGUUGGCUUUGGUCCAUCGUCGAGAAAAUGUCGCACGUCGAACGACAAGAUCUGGUCUACUUCUGGACCGGAUCUCCGGCACUUCCGGCCAGUGAAGACGGAUUCCAACCGAUGCCAAGCGUGACAAUUCGUCCGGCGGACGACGCGCAUCUACCGACUGCGAAUACGUGUAUAUCUCGUUUAUACGUUCCCCUGUACAGCUCGCGUCACGUUCUUCGUCACAAACUUUUACUUGCCAUAAAAACUAAAAAUUUCGGAUUCGUAUGAAGUUGUUUCUGUUGCUAAAUUUCGUUUUUUUUUUUUCUUCUUUUUUCCAAUUGUUCUUAUUUUUCUUUUCCUCUUCUCGGUUAAUCUCGCUUUUCGUGGAGGUAAAACGAAGAUGAAAACUUAUUUUCUUUCACCUUCUCUGUAUCUCUCUGGCUCUCUUUAUCUCUUUCUCAGUCUCUCACACUCUCGUACUGGAAGCAACUAAACCAGCAACAAACAAACUUUUGAGCGAUAAUACAAACAGGGGUGACAUUUUCGCUGCUGGAUUAUCGAUGAAUUAACUAACAAUAUUAUAUUGUUAAAUAAGGAAUAAAUAACCAAAACGAACUAACGGUAAACGAAUACACCUACAUAAAAGAAAGAAGCAAAUAAGAAAAGUUUAAAGUAAAAAUAAAACAAAACAGGACAGAAACAACUUAUUAACAAUGUUGUUAUACUUUUUCUUCAUCCAAUUUCUCUUUCUAUCUCUUUCUCAUCUUUCUCUUAGGCAAAUUUAUAACAUUUAUAAAUUUAUAAGGUGUAAUUAUGAAUUAUUGUUUCAAUUAUUAUUAUUACUAUUAUCAUUACUAUUAUUAUUAUUAUUCGAAAAGUAAUUGACAUUCGCCUAUAGUGCGUCUUUCAUUCUUGGUAUGUAAUAAGGUUUUAUUUACCUUGACGUGUCAUAGUUAUAUCACUAUUUAGGGUGGUAUUAUUAUUAUUAUUAUUAUUAUUAUACAUACAUACAUACAUACAUACAUACAACAUAAUAUAGCGAUGAAGCUCCUUAUCCCCAAAACCAACCACCCACAUAAAACAAAUAAAACUUUCUCAAGCAUAUCACAUUGCCUUCUCUCCGUUUCUUUAACGUUCAAGUUCCUCAAUUGUCGAUUCGAUGUAAGUAUUUUAUCGAUCGUGACUGAGCUUUUUUUUUUUUUAUAUCAUAUGCAAAGGAGAAAUGAAAUCUCGCACGAUGACGAUGAUGAUGAUAAUAAUGAUAAUAAUGGACUUCAAAGUAUAAUUGGAAAUUCAAAAGAUAAUUGAAAAAGGAAAAUAAUAACAAAAAUAAAAUUAUGAGAAAGGAAGACAAAAUAUAUUCAUUAUGAUAAACGUAGUAGUAGUAGUGGUAGUAGUAACAAUAAUAAUAAUAAUAAUAAUAAUAAUAAUAAUAAUGACGACGGGAAGUACUAUUGUAGAUUUUAACUGUAGAAAGGAAAUUUUUUUGCAUCGUAUUUAUUACUGAUCGUAAUGAAAGUGAAAAAGAAAAUAAGAAACAAAAAAACGUAUAUUAUUAUUCUAUGAUUAUUAUCACGAUGGUAGGUAAAAUAACGACGAGUAUAAACGAUCAUGAUAACAAUUUAUACAGCGAAGAACGGAAAAAAGGGAAAGAAAGCAAAACAAAAUAGUGUUUGCGGAAUUGCAAAAUACUACGUAUAUUAUACAUAUACUUUUAAGGUGUUUCAAUAGAAGAAAGAAAAAAAAAAUAUAUAAACACAAAAGAAAGUUCGUUUUUGUUUUAUGAUGUUACUUUUAUCUCGAAUUUACUAAUCAGGCCCAAACAAUUAAUUCAUUUAUUAAUAGACCACUCCUGAAUGUAUUUCAUACUUUGUUAGAAAGAGCGCAGAUUUUGCAAGACAAUAAUACGGAAAAAAAAGUGAACGAGCCUUGCAAUCAGCAAACAUUUUGUCAAAUGUUCAAUUUCAAGAAAGUUUU